UCUCUCCUAUUGAACCCGCUCCACACCUCCGGUCGUGCCAUCACCUCCAACCAUCGAUCGCGACCGUGACUACGACCGUGACCACGACUUUGACUGCGAUUGCGUCCUCCUCUUCCACCCCCCACACGCCGUAGCCGCGAAACCCGCCACGAUGUUGUCGGGCAUCCUUGUCUUCAACCAAAAGGGCGAGAACCUGAUCUUCAGGGCCUUCCGCAACGACUGCCGCCCACGACUCGCCGAUGUCUUCCGCAUUCAAGUCAUCAGCAACGCCCAGGUGCGGUCGCCUAUCCUGACCCUCGGCAGCACAACCUUUAGCCAUGUCAAGCACGAGAACAUCUACUUGGUGGCCAUCACCAAGAGCAACGCCAAUGCCGCUCUGGUCUUCGAGUUCCUGUACCGUCUGAUCCAGCUGGGCCGUGGUUACUUUGGGAAGUUCGACGAGGAGGCUGUUAAGAACAACUUUGUCCUGGUUUAUGAGCUCCUGGAUGAGAUCAUCGACUUCGGCUACCCCCAGAACACCGAGACCGACACGCUCAAGAUGUACAUUACGACAGAGGGGGUCAAAACAGAGCGCGCAGCCGAGGACUCGGCCAAGAUUACCAUGCAGGCGACAGGCGCGCUGUCGUGGCGCAAGGCCGACGUCAAGUACCGCAAGAACGAGGCUUUUGUCGAUGUCAUUGAGGACGUGAACCUCCUCAUGAGCGCAACCGGAGCCGUGUUGCGCGCCGAUGUCACCGGCCAGAUCAUCAUGCGCGCCUACCUCAGCGGCACACCCGAGUGCAAGUUCGGCUUGAACGACCGCCUCCUACUCGAUAACGACGGGCUGCUGAGCCUCCCCAGCGGUAAUAGGAUGGGGAGCAAGGCGACAAAGGCGGCUGCGGGCAGUGUCACACUCGAAGACUGCCAGUUCCACCAGUGCGUGAAGCUCGGCAAGUUCGACAGCGACCGCAUCAUCAGCUUCGUGCCGCCCGACGGCGAGUUCGAGCUGAUGCGCUACCGCUCCACCGAGAACGUCAACCUGCCCUUCAAGGUCCACGCCAUCGUCAACGAGGUCGGCAAGACAAAGGUCGAGUACAGCAUCGGCGUGCGCGCCAACUUCGGCUCCAAGCUCUUCGCCACCAACGUCGUCGUCCGCAUCCCCACGCCGCUCAACACCGCACGGAUCACCGAGCGCUGCACCCAGGGCAAGGCCAAGUACGAGCCGUCCGAGAACAACAUCGUGUGGAAGAUCGGCCGCUUCACCGGCCAGAGCGAGUUCGUCCUCAGUGCCGAGGCCGAGUUGACGAGCAUGACCAACCAAAAAGCCUGGAGCCGCCCGCCCCUGAGCUUGAACUUCAGCUUGUUGAUGUUCACGAGCUCCGGCCUGCUGGUGCGCUACCUCAAGGUGUUCGAGAAGAGCAAUUACUCGAGUGUGAAAUGGGUGCGGUACAUGACGAGAGCUGGGAGUUACGAGAUCAGGUUCUGACCGAUGUGUGACUGUGUUGUUUCCUUGCAUCGAGCGUUGUGUGCGUCUCGGGCACUGCAUAGCAUUGGCGUCGGGGCGUUCGGUUACUGUAAAAGGAAGAGGUAUAUGCGGGGUGUUGA